AGAGGGUCUCCUGCAUGAGGAAGCGGUAGAGACCCGGACCCGCGCCGUGCUCCUGCCGCCUCGUUGCGCUCCGCCAGGGCCCGGCUCCGCCAGGCCCAGCGGUGAGCCAUGAUCCGCCUCGGGGCUCCCCAGACGCUGGUGCUGCUGACGCUGCUCGUCGCCGCUGUCCUUCGGUGUCAGGGCCAGGAUGUCCAGGAGGCUGGCAGCUGUGUGCAGGAUGGGCAGAGGUAUAAUGAUAAGGAUGUGUGGAAGCCCGAGCCCUGCCGGAUCUGUGUUUGUGACACUGGGACUGUCCUCUGCGACGACAUAAUCUGUGAAGACGUGAAAGACUGCCUCAGCCCCGAGAUCCCCUUCGGAGAGUGCUGCCCUAUCUGCCCAACUGACCUCACCACUGCCAGUGGUCGGCAGCCAGGACCAAAGGGACAGAAAGGUGAACCUGGAGAUAUCAAGGAUAUUGUAGGACCCAAAGGACCUCCUGGGCCUCAGGGACCUGCAGGCGAACAAGGCCCCAGAGGUGACCGUGGUGACAAAGGCGAAAAAGGUGCCCCUGGACCUCGUGGCAGAGAUGGAGAGCCUGGAACCCCUGGAAAUCCUGGCCCCCCUGGUCCUCCUGGGCCCCCUGGCCCCCCUGGUCUUGGUGGAAACUUUGCUGCCCAGAUGGCCGGAGGAUUUGAUGAGAAGGCUGGAGGUGCCCAGAUGGGAGUAAUGGCCCCAUGGGACCUCGAGGACCUCCAGGCCCUGCUGGUGCUCCUGGACCUCAAGGAUUUCAAGGCAAUCCUGGUGAGCCUGGUGAACCCGGAGUUUCUGUGA